AUGAGCCAUCUACUUGCCAGGCAGAAGUCUUCGGGCUCCCUUCGCCGGAGGAAAUCUCCGCUCGUCUCUGUUGAUCUAGCUUCUGUCGCGACGAGCUCUGUCGCGCCAAGCUCAACAACACCCAGCGACCAAAAGCCACGAGACGUCAAGAGCGCUUCUUACCAAGAUCCACGUUAUAAGACUUUACUUGCGACGAAGGGAAGCUUUAUGAUUAAAUCCAACCUUAACGUUAACAAAGGAAGAUUCAAGCAGGAAGCAUUUACUAACGAGCAGCUCGACAAGCUUGCCCCAUUCAUUAGCAACUUCAUCUCCGGCGAUCAGUCGUUCUUCAUGGCCACGUACUACAUGUACUUCCCGUUCCUUACUUUCAUUAAUGGAAAGGACACCAAGUACUACCGCCAUACAAUCCAUGAGUUUAGCUUUAUAGCUCUAGAUAGAAAGGAGAAAUGGACGGCAUACAAGUUCACCAAGAACGUCUACGACAUAUGGAUGCCGAAUCACUUCAAACGGCUAUGUUCGGCUAUGGACCAAAUACCAGCAGACCUGGAUUUCAGUGUUCCACAACUUUCCCAGAGUUUUGGACUUUCAGAAGACCUUCAGCGCCAUAAUCUUUCGGGAUCAAGCCAGCCUGAAUCUCAAUCACAAGGAAACAGUCAGCAAUGUACUGGCGGCGGCGCAAGGGACUCCACGCCCAACACCUCUUUCACUGGCCAUGGCGCGCCGAAGAGGCCCAGGAAAAGGCUCGCUGAAGGACAGUAG